ACAUGCUGGGCUUCUAGUAAAGCAACCACACGUUUGUUCGAAGCUAGCUGGUUAGCUCCAGUGUUUCUUGCAAGUAUUUUUUUUAAGUUUUCCUCUGAUUUAGCAGAUUAUACAGCGCACCGCACAUACGACACAAGAAUGAAUUAUUCAGAUUACGACUCGGAUGGUUACUCAUCAAACGAAGAUGAAGAUUAUGUCCCUUCAGAUGAUAACUUGAGCGAGGAUGACAUGAAUGACUGUGUAAAGGAGGAUGCGCUGGAAGGGGAGGAUCACAACCAGCAGAAGCCAGAAAAUUUAAAAAAGAAGAAAAGUAAAGCAGAUGUCCAUAUGAGAAAAAGGAAAAAAGGAGGCCUCAAACUGGUGGAGGAUGGCGAGGCAGGUACAGCAGAUGAGCAGAAGGAAGUAGAUGAGCCAAAGGAAGAGGAUUUUCCAACCAAGUCAGCAGAAUACAUUGAAGAGCGGCAGAAGAAGAAAGCAGAUGAUCUUUGGGCUAGUUUUCUGAGUGAUGUCCCUCGACCCAAAGCAGAAGCUCCAAGUGCAAGCUCUCAGGAGUCCACAUCCACAGCUGAUACGGAUAAUCCCAGUAAACCCUCUACAGCAUCUUCCCAGAAGGAGGACAAACCUAAAGAUUCCUCCAAAAUCACAAUUACCAAGGUGUUUGAUUUUGCUGGAGAAGAGGUUCGGGUCACUAAAGAGGUGGAUGCCGGAUCCCGUGAGGCCAAGAGUUUUUUGAAAAACGAAGAAAAGUUGCUGGAGGAUGAAAAAGAGCCAUCAGUGUCCUCUCAUCCACAGCUGCCCCAUCCGCUCUCCUCUGGAUCCAGUGCGAAGAGACCAGCAGGCAUGGGGAGCAUCCUGAAUCGCAUUGGGGGCAAAAAGCAGAAGAUGAGCACUCUGGAGAAGUCGAAGAUGGACUGGGAUGCCUUUAAAUCGGAGGAGGGCAUCACAGAUGAGCUGGCAAUCCAUAAUCGAGGCAAAGAAGGGUACGUGGAGCGAAAAAACUUCCUCGAGCGAGUGGACCAGCGCCAGUUUCAGCUGGAGAAAACUGUGCGUCUGAACAACAUGAAACGGUGACAAGAGGAGAGAGCAGACACACUCACUGAUCAAAACACAGACUGUCACAUAUUCACACUGCAUACACUCAUGCUUUUCAGUAUUUUUUCGUAGCUUCUUAGUCCUCCAAAAUCUGUCUGAAUUCAUAUUCACAUGUACAUUUUGUUUAUAGAUGAGCUUCUUUUUUCGUUUUCUACUCUUCCUUUGUCUAAAAUUGCAUUUCCACGUCUGUCAUGACUUCUUUAAUAUAAAAAACGGCUUAAGGUGUGUGUGUUUUUCAACAAAUUUCUCCAAAAUAUUUUAUAAUCCACUGUAAUACAUCUCGUAGUUGACAUUUAAAGGGAUAGUUCACCCAAAAUUGAUUAUUCUGUUAUCAUUUACUCAUCAUCUACUUGUUUCAAUCCCACCUUUCUUCUGUUGAGCACAAAGGAAGACAUACUGAAGAAUGUUGGGGGGGAAAACAGCCAUUGACUUUCAUUGUAUUGUUGUUCCUACUAUGAAUGUCAAUGGCGUUUUUGACAUUCUUUUCAUUCUUCACCAUAUUUUGUUUUGUGUUCAACAGAAGAAAGAAACUCAUAAAGGUUUGGAGCCACUUGAGUGUGAGUAAAUGAGGAAUAUUUCAUAGUUGGAUGAAUUAUCCCUUUAAGGUAAUGGAGACAUCAAGAUCUAAAUAAAAAUGUUCCUGACUCAGAUUAAAUGAUUUUGUUGUGAAAGUGAGGAUUUUUGUAAAUGUUAGCAUCCAUUUUGGAUCUCAAACUGAUGCUGAUUUUAUACUAGGGUUGACACGAUACUGGAAUUCGGUACCAAUCGUUACUGAAUUUUUAAGAACCUCCAUUUCCUAUGAACAUAUGAGCACUGUUGAGCAUGUUCAUAAACACUGCUGAUUUGCCAUUGUGUUCACAUGCUCAACAGAAAGGACUGUGAUUGGCCAUGAAGGUCAACAGUUCAUCGACCUCACGGCUGUUUACUGAGUGUAAACACAGAACACUGGAGGAUUUCAAAGUCACGUUAAUCAGCUGGUUUGACUAUAAGCUGACAUGAGUGAUGAAUUAUGGCUUUGAAACGCUUCAGUGUUCAAGUAUUUUGACAACCCUACUACAUUAUAUACAGGCAUUUGGGGACAUUGGUCUUAUAUUCAGUUGUAAAUGAAAGGGUAAUUCCUUAUGGUCCUGGUUGUUGUUGUUUUUUUAUGUAUACUUAGUACUGUCUUAAGAAUUUACUUUGCUAAGAGUUGAUAUGGUAAUUACCCCGCCAUCAUUUUAAUACUGUUUCAUUGUCUGACAGGAAUAAAUCAUGUCAUUGGGUAUGGACACUUUCUUUUUAAA